UAUAUAAACCCCCCUCUUCACUCCUCCUCCAUCAACUUCUCUCUUACUCUCUUACGAAUCAACUCCACCAUGAAUAUGUUCAUCAUCUUGAUGGUUGCUGUAGCAGCUGUGUCUGGUUCCAAGGACCAGAUCGUUAACCUGGCUAACGGGGAUCCCAAGAUUAUGCUGGGUCUCUUCAACAUGUUCCAGUAUGAGUAUGGAAAGGAAUACGCACCAAGUGAAAGGAGACUGAGGCUGGCCAACUUCAGACAGUUCGUAAAAGACGCUGCCAGAUACAACGAAGAAGACGAAGAUGUUACCUAUGGUAUCACCAUGUUCGCUGACCUGACUGAAGCUGAAGCCGAAAACAUGCGAGGAUUCAACGCCACCGGCAUGAACGAUGACGAUGACGUAUAUGAACAGGCUGAGGUCAACCCUAAGUUCAAUCUCGGAGCUAACCACCAAAGUAGAUACGGACCUGCCAAGAACCAGGCAAACACCAACGCUUGCUGGGCCUUCGCCGCUACCGCUGUCUUGGAGGGACACACUUCCAUCAAAAACAGAAGAUACACUGCUCUCUCUGAACAGGAGGUCGCUGACUGCACCAGUGGGUCCACUGUCGCUAGAGGAGGAAUGCACAACAAAGCUCUGGAGGCUGUCAGGAGGACUGGACAUCUUGCUACCUCCGCCAGCUACCCCUUCACCUACAGAGAUGGAUACUCCUGUAACACCCGACACCAGAACGCUCUCCCCUUCAGGAUCACUGGAGUCUACAAAGUUAACGGAGACAACGGCCUCGCUGCUGCUCUCAGUGCUGGACCUGUUGCUGUUGGCAUGGGAUUCGACCGUCAGCUCUCUGCCUACCGAGGAGGUGUUUACAGCAACAGAUCCUGUAUGUCCGUCCAAAACCAUGCUGUUACCGCUGUGGGAUACACCAGCAGCUACUGGAUCGUGAGGAACAGUUACGGUACCGGAUGGGGUGAGAGAGGUCACGUGAGGUUCACCAGAUCGUACCAGAACAUGUGCCAUAUCUCCAGUUACUCGUUCUACAUCAGAACACAGAGCAACGGAGAGGUAGAGUAAAGUAACGACUACUUUUGGAAGCUAUCUUCUUGAUAUUGUUAUUUAGUUGAUUAGUUAAAUUGGCUUUUAAAAUGAA